AUGGACCAGUCUUCAAGACUCUCUAGGUCGGUGAAUCCGCAGCAGCUGGACGAAGCGCUCCAGAACUCACACCUCAGCUUCGUGAACGACGAGCUCGAGCGCAACCUCGUUGCCAAGCAGGCCCACAACAGUGACCUGUACAAAACGCAGCAGUCGUUGCAGGGCAACGAGGCCGGCGACGUGCUCGUGCUGGUGUCCUUCCCCGCCUUCAUAUCUAAGCAGAGCUGUCAGAAGUCCACUUUCAACACAGCCCGUGUCAUCUUGACGCGUGAUCAGGUGCUCAACACAGGGUCUUCCAAGCUAGAGGACCGCCUGAACAGCGAAUCACACCAGCGCCGGGCCAAGAGAGAGGCUGGAACUCUACCCAAUGGUGUCACUCACGUUCUGGACCUGUCACCUUCGGGCGAGGAGGAUGACUACACUAUUGCCUUGCAACUUCUCUCACUGACUCCGGGCAUCAAGCUCUGGUAUCGGGCCUCAGCUUUUGGUGCUUCUCUUGAGGCUGUUGCAGGACAUGAUGAUGCUUGCCAUUGCAACGAGGGAUACGACACUGCAUAUCCAAUCCCAUCACCACCUCUCGAGAUACAGUGUCAGCAGCAUCUUGAUGGAUUGAACUUUUCCGCGUUUCUGCUCGACACCGAGACCUGGUCCCUCGAGGAUCACCGCGGUAUCGACGAUUUCUGUCAGGUCCGCCAGGGUGCGAACGUCUUGAGGCUGUUUCGGUCGCUUGCGAAUGGUGACCUCCAGAUCGACUCUGCGCCUCGAAUGUGGACGCUGGUGGGACUCUUCAGCAUGUUUGAAAUGACAAACUACGACCUCAUCCGCGAUCAUGUUGUGACAUGGUUCAACGCCGGAAACAACUACAUUUUCGUUGAGAUCCUACCAGAAGAGACACUGCGUAUCGCCAGCAUCAUCAGGGCACCUGUCCUCGCUUUUGCCGCUUUCCGAAUCCUGGUCAACGAGCACGCGCUUGUUAUUGCCGGCGACCACGUUCGUGGUGAACAGGCUCGGAAGAAUACCACCAUAUUCGGUCGGCGCAGCUCAGGCUGUAUCUCCGGUACUGAGCAGACAGACAUGGUCAUGCAGAUGGUGGAGCAUGCCGGCGUUGCCAUGGCGGAGAGGUACAGGCAAGCGAUUGAUGACAUCUGCGGCCCCGAUGCUUUGGCUAUCCUGGAUGUUCCCGAGUGGAACCAGCUCACUCUGCUUGACCAGGUGAUUCCCAGUGAUUUGUCACUGCCCCAUCGCAGGACUUACAACGCGCUCUUGGACAGCAUUCGGGCUGUCAUUCUCAGGGUGGUCACAAAAUGUGUCGACAAGGCUUCCACCAAGCCACCAAACAUGGUCACGCGAGAGAAGUUCUUCAGUCAUGCGGCAAAGUCGAGGUGGGAUAUGAGCGAGAUGGGGCUGUCCUACCUGGUUUCCAAGAGAGACUUGGCAACUUCCCACUCCUUUUCUGCUGUCUACACCGGCCUGAACAAGUAUCAACGCGCAUUGUGCCCUUUCGUGUGGCUUGAAAUGCGCGAUCUGUUCAUCACAGACCUCUUCGGCACGCAGGAAGCCUACGACGCCGCGUCGGCCUUCUCCAUAGCGUUUGAGGAUGCCAAGAAGAGAAAUCUGAUUCUCCGCGGCCGCCCUUACCCAGAUGUCUUUGACGAGUAUGACCAGGGUUUCUACAAACGCCUUUUCGAGCACGCCGUCAGUAACCUGUCAGCAUACGCUGCGUCCUUUGCCCAGCGGCCCGACAACGAGUUCGGCUACAGCAUCACGCAGCACAUGGUCCUGAGCCUCAGCGAGAAAGAGAUGGACUACCUCAGGUUCGAGGACGAGACCGUGUACGAGUCCGAAAUCCCGGAGGCCGAGCUCGGCCCCACCGGCCCUGGCCCGAGUUACCACACCGGCAUCACCGUGCCCAGCGUGUCCGACUCCGUCGUCGGGGGGAUGGAUGAUAUGGCCAUCCAGUCCGACGACGGCACGAGCACCGUCGUGGGGUCGGUCGUCGUUCAGGACGGCAUCUCGACCGUCUUCGACCGCAACCGCGUCUUGACGCCCUCCGAAUCGCUCGCCUCGGAGCGCUUCACGGACGACGCCAUGAGUGCCGACGUUGCCGAGGCCGAAUUCGCCCUCCCUGCCGCGCAUCAGUCGCGAGGCCAGGCCCUGGCGGACUACGUCGAGAGCUCUCAGGAUGGCGCCGACGACGGCUUGGCGGGUUGUGGUGGUCUCCAAGACGACGAUGACGACGACGACGACAGCGAGGAUUUUGUGGAGUCUGACUUGUCGGUUGAGGACGGCGGCGACGAUGAUGAGGAUGAGGACCACAUGGAGAUCAUCUCGCGUGCUGAAGUUGCUGAGGCGGCGGGCCAGCGGCCACGGGAUGGCUGA